UUAUUAUUCAUUAUGGUAGAUCAUGGUUUAUAGUACCAUUUCAUGUUUGAUGGUUAGAAUAUUGGCGGGAAAUUAAAAAUGGCUGCGAAGUUGAAGAGCCAGUUGACGUCGGCGUUUAAAAUGCAUGGAUUCACACUACGGAGUGAAGCCAGUAAAUACCUGAUAGAAGUUUUCACCCAUGUGGAAGAAUCAGAAAGAGAUGAGAUUCUUGAUAAAAUGAUUGAAAUCAUCCAGAAACAACCUCUGCAGUCUUCAUUAAUUGGGAAGGAUGCUUGUGAGGCUGCUGUUCAAGAAUGCAACGCUGAACAGGAAGAGGGUGACAAUGUAUUUUGUGUUAUUGACGCUUUCUCGGUGCCUAGAUAUACUUACAGUGCUGAUCGCAAGAAAUUUAUUCAAAAUUCUACUUUAGGGCUACCUCCCCCAUGUCUACAUGGAACUGCCCAAGACAAAGUGACCCUGUUCUUGGACAGAUACACCAUUCUUCAGCAGAGAACCCAAAGACAUGAUUUAUUUACUCCCCCUGUUAUUGGUGCAGAGAAAGAUGAAAGUGCUAAGAAAUUCCAGCUGAAGCCAAUUGAAUAUUUACUAGGAAGUACUGCCAGGUUGGGAGAAAUUAUUGUCCUUGGCAUGUUGACGCAACUAAAAGAGGGAAAGUGGUAUGUGGAGGAUCCAACAGGAGCGGUACAGGUGGACCUCAGUGAUGCUAAUUUCCAUACGGGACUGUUUACAGAGAAUUGCUUUGUGCUGGCGGAGGGCUGGUACGAAGAUGAAGUCUUCCAUGUCAAUGCAUUUGGAUUCCCUCCCCCGGAACCAGCAAAAGUCACAAGGGCAUAUUUUGGAAACAUUAAUUUUUUCGGAGGAUUGUCGAGCAUCUGUGCCAAGGCUUCAGUCAAGUUAAAACAGGUGGAGCAAGAGAAUAGAGACGCCAUGUUUGUGUUCUUAUCUGAUGUCUGGCUGGACCAGGUCAAGGUGAUAGAAAAAUUACGGGUGCUGUUCACGGGAUAUUCUGACUUUCCACCUACGUGUUUUAUUCUUUGUGGUAAUUUUAUAUCUGCUCCGCAAGAAAGUCACAGAGCCAAAGUCCUCAGGGAGAGCUUUCGCUCAUUAAUAGACCUGAUUUUGGAGUUUCCCAACAUAGCGGAGAACAGCAGAUUUAUAUUUGUUCCUGGGUCACAGGACCCCGGUCCGUCAACCAUUUUACCAAGACCUCCCAUACCAAACUGUAUAACGGAGGAGGUCAGAAGAAAGCUGCCAAAUUCGACCUUCACCUCGAACCCGUGUCGGAUCCAGUACUGUACGCAGGAGAUAGUGGUCUUCAGGGAAGACAUUGUCACUAAGAUGUGUCGAAACUGUGUGAAAUUCCCGGCCGACAACGAUGUCCCAACCCAUUUUGCCAAGACGCUGAUCAGUCAGGGCCACCUAUGCCCUCUGCCUCUACAUGUGUGCCCGGUGUACUGGCCUUACGACAAUGGGCUGCGACUCUACCCCCUCCCAGAUCUCGUGGUGUGUGCCGACAAAUUUGACCCCUUCCACACAACGGCUGCUGAUUGUACAGUGAUGAACCCAGGCUCCUUUCCGAGGACAGACUUCAGUUUUAAGGUCUACUUCCCGGCGUCUCGGCAGAUUGAGGACAGUAAAAUCGGGGACUGAAUCUUAUACAACAUUUAUGUUUAUUUAUUAUACAGAAAAAAUGGUUUUAUAUGUGUACAUGUAUGAGUAAAAAUGUAUUUUAAAAACUC